GUGCAUUUCCGCUCCACAAUCUCCCGGGAGGGCGUAGCUGUGGAGGUGAGAAAGGUAUGUAAUCUAUAACUGCAGAAUUUUAUAAAUAUGAUACACAAUUCAUUCAGCUCAUCCAACUUCACAUAGACAUGAUAGAAAAGAACAUAACCAAAAAAAAAAAAAAAGGAUGAACGUAACCCGACAGUAGUUUUUUAAUUGAUCAAUGACAUAAGAGGACAAGACACACGGCAUAAGCAUAAAGUUUAAAACCGCAUAUGAUAGUGGCAAAUCAAAAGAGUAAAUUGGCAAACCGAAAGUCAGUACUCAGUAGUCCUCCACUCCACAACAUGAACAUUCGCUUCCUCCUCCUCUUCUACAUUCUUCCUCCAGCAAGCAUAGAAACAUGCUCAGACGCCGUUUGUCAGGACGAUAACCUGACAGUCCGAUUCCCGUUUCGAAUCCAACAGAGUCAGCAGCAGCCAAAGUCGUGUGGUUAUCCAGGUUUUGAUGUAUCUUGCAGUAACCAAGGCCAAACACAGCUGAAACUCCCAUCCUCUGGGGGAGAAUUCAAUAUCCGAGGAAUAGAUUAUGCAGCACAAGAACUAUGGAUCAAUGAUCCCGAGAACUGCCUCCCAAAACGCAUUCUCUCCCUCAAUCUCACUGGAUCUCCAUUUAGCGGCGUUUAUUAUCAAGAUUUCUCAUUCUUCAACUGUUCCUCGGAGUAUCUCAAGUAUCGGUAUACCCCAAUAGCUUGCCUUAGCAAUUCCAACUAUACUGUUUUUGCCACGUCUUCCAGAUCGGUUUUCAGGCACUUGUUGGCAGUUUGUAGUUUCAUUGCCACCGUUAGGGUUCCGGUUCAGCAGCCGUUUUACGAGCACGUAUCGUCGUCAGACCUGAGCGAUGACCUCCGGCUGUCGUGGGAUUCGCCGCCGUGUGGGAAGUGCGAGUCCCGUGGUGGGCGGUGUGGGUUCCAGAUCAAUUCCACUGCUGACAUUGCUUGCUCCUACUUUCCUUCCCAAGGGAUUUCAAAGGGAGCACGUUAUGCCAUAGGCAUAGGCAUUGGAGUGCCGGCUAUGUUGGGCCUCAUCGGGAUGCUGUAUUACGUCGGCGAGAGGUGUAGAAGGGUCGAGACAUAUGUUGGGCCGGAACCGCAGUCCGCAAUGGCGUCGGGCCUUGAUGGGCCGACGAUAGAGUCGUACCCAAAACAAGUGGUGGGAGAGGCGGAGGAAGGGAGGUGCCCAAUAUGCCUGAGCGAGUACAGGCCCAACGAGACGCUCAAGACCAUACCUGCAUGCCUCCACUCCUUCCAUUCUCACUGCAUCGACGCAUGGCUUCCCUUGAAUGCUUCCUGCCCUCUUUGCAGGAAGAUUAGUUCUUGUUGACUGUUGAGCUGGCGUUGAACCUCUACACCCACAAGCUUCCAGUUUCCAUGGUUGUACUUCUCCAACAAUUGCUGACGAGGUGAGACCUAGUGCAGAGACCACCACGUGUCUCAACUCUACUAUCUCAUUUUCAAGGGCUGUAAAUUGAUGUCUCUACCACUCUGCCUGUCAAGGAGUCAAAUAGAUCUUUCUUGCUGCACUUGACAAUUUCAAGCAACCAAACUGCUCUCCUUUUUUCAUUAAAAAAAAGAAAAGAGUGAAUGAGUGUACAUAAUUCAACGCACAAUAACAUUUCCAUAAGCAAAAGGUUUUGAUAAUA